AUGUGGUACUUCGAAAAUCCAGUCGGAGGACGCUACCAAGACUGGAAAAUCCGCCUCGCAGGACCCCUCGAGGCUGAGGACCCGAGAGUGAUAGCGUGGGUCAAGGAGGAGCACCUACAUCCUCCUUCAGACCUGCCUUAUAACCUCGACCUCGGGAAGAAUGUCGACUUCACGAGGCUUCAGUACUGGCAGAGGGUUCACCAGGGAAUUCUGGAUGUGCUACGGGGCAAGCGCGGCGGCUUCUUCCUGGAGGCGGGGGCGCUGGACGGCUACUACCAGUCCAACACGUUCUUCCUGGAGAGGGACCUGGGCUGGACCGGCCUCCUGGUGGAGCCCAACCCCGUGUUCUUCGAGUCGCUCCUCACGCGCCACAGGAGGGCGUGGGCCACGGACCUCUGCCUCGGCACCAAGCCUUACCCAGUGAAGACAGAGUUCUGGGUCCACACGGGCGCUGACCCCUGGCAGAGUCUCAUCGCAGCGUCCCGAAGUGGUCUUCUGAAGGAACACCUGGAGAACUACCAAAAUGGAGGACUCGACAGCGGCUCAGUGGUGGAGGUCAACUGCGUGCCUGCCAUCAGCAUUCUCUCCGCCCUCAACGUGACCCAGAUCGACCUGUUUUCCCUCGACAUCGAGAACGCCGAAGUGCCCGUCUUGCAGUGGUUCCCGUUCGACAGGGUGCACGUCGAGGUGCUGGUGGUGGAGCACUGGACGUCAGGAGACCCAGAGGACAGCCAGGCCUUCGUGCGUCUGGUGGAGAGCAAGGGCUUCUCCUUCUACCGGAGGGACAACCACGACUACUUCUUCCUCCACCAGCAUCCGAGAUGGGUCCUCGCCCGCCCUGGAGACGAGGGCGCUGUCGAUAACUUGGCGCCUUAUGAACCACUGAUAGGACAUAAAUGAUAAUUGUCUCUCUCUCUCUCUCUCUCUCUCUCUCUCUCUCUCUCUCU